AUGCAACAAUUGCAGAUAUGUAAACUUAACGCAAGCUUGUGGAGUAAUUUGGAAUUAAUAAUUGAACAAGUUCUUGCUUUAAUUACAAUAGUUGAUCAGUAUGCAAAUUUUUUGAAAAUAGUCAAUGAUCAUAUGUAUAAAAUUCAUUAUAGUGAUGUAUCAGCUAGAGAUUCUAGUAUAAAUCUAGAAGUAUAUACUAUUGAUGCUGAUUCUAAUAAUAUAAUUAAAGAAAUUUAUAAAGAGUUGGCAAAUGCUUAA